GUGCCGUAAAGCGCUGUGUUUUGGACUGGAGGAGGUCAUUAGAAAGUGAGGAGGAACACCGGGACGGUUCUCGGGGCACAGAGACACUCGGUGCCAGCUUAUCUCUGAUGCCGGUGUAAGAUAAAAAACAUUAUUCAACAGCUCUGUAUAGUGUUUCAAUCGCUGCAAAAUGCUUCGUCUGAUACUGCGGCUCAGGCCGUCCUCCGGGCUCCCCUGUCCCCGUGUCCUCCCAGCCGGGCCUGCUGCUCUCAGCUCCCGCUCCGUGCCCGGGACCGGCUGUCUCAGGAAGCUUCACCGUGGAGUGGGGAACCGGGCCGCGUGCUUGGGCUCCGGCUUCAGCCACAGAGCGACUCUGCUGCGGUGUACCCAGCUGGCAGGCGGCUGUCAGACCAAGCGUUUCUACAGCCUCCCGCCGCACCAGAAGGUGGAGCUUCCUGCACUGUCACCCACCAUGCAGACGGGCACAAUUGCUCGUUGGGAGAAGAAGGAGGGAGAAAAAAUCGGCGAGGGUGACCUUAUAGCUGAGGUGGAGACUGACAAGGCCACAGUAGGUUUUGAGAUGCUGGAGGAAUGCUAUCUGGCAAAGAUCCUGGUUCCUGAGGGGACCAGAGAUGUCGGCGUUGGGUCAGUGAUCUGCAUCACGGUUGACAACCCUGACCUCAUCUCAGCCUUUAAGGACGUAACACUGGACUCACUUAAAGCAGCUGGUGCUGCCCCUUCAACAGCCGCCUCUGCUCCUCCUCCUCCACCUCCUCCUGCUGCUGCUGCUGCUCCUCCUGCAGCCCCUGGCAGCUCUUAUCCCACACACAUGAAGAUCACACUUCCCGCCCUCUCUCCCACCAUGACGAUGGGAACAGUGCAGCGCUGGGAGAAGAAGGUCGGAGAGAAGUUGAGUGAAGGAGAUCUGCUGGCUGAAAUCGAGACUGACAAGGCGACCAUCGGCUUUGAGGUGCAGGAGGAGGGAUAUUUGGCUAAAAUUAUGGUGGCGGAAGGAACUCGGGACGUCCCCCUGGGAACACCACUCUGCAUCAUUGUAGAGAAAGAAAGUGACAUAUCUGCCUUCAAGGAUUAUGUGGAAACUGGAGUGGCAGAGGUUUCCACACCUCCUCCGGCUCCAGCACCGGUUGCAGCUCCAGCUCAUGCAGCACCCAUUCCUACUCCUGCAGCUGCUGCACCAGCAGCACCCAGGAAGGGGCGUGUGUUCGCCAGCCCACUUGCCAGGAAACUCGCUUCUGAGAAAGGAAUUGAACUGGCGCAGGUCAGCGGCUCUGGUCCUGAUGGACGUGUCACCAGGAAAGAUAUUGAGAGCUUUGUUCCACCAAAGCCUGCACCUACUGUAGCUGCUGCUCCCACUCCAACUGCAGCUCCAGCUGCUCCUGCACCUGCUGCAGCUCCUGCUGGGACCUUCACAGACAUCCCUAUCAGCAACAUCCGAAAGGUCAUUGCUCAGAGGUUGAUGCAGUCCAAGCAAACCAUCCCCCACUAUUAUCUGUCUGUAGAUGUCAACAUGGACCAAGUGAUUGAGCUUCGGAAAGAGCUCAAUGCUGAAGUGAAAGCCCAGAAUAUCAAACUUAGUGUGAAUGACUUCAUCAUCAAAGCCAGCGCUCUGGCCUGCCUCAAGGUCCCCGAGUGCAACUCCUCCUGGUUGGACACGGUCAUCCGCCAGAAUCAUGUGGUGGACGUGAGUGUAGCAGUGAGCACAGCCAACGGUUUGAUCACACCCAUAGUGUUUAACGCCCACACCAAAGGACUGGCUUCCAUCAGCUCUGAUGUGUCUGCUCUCGCUGCCAAAGCGAGAGACGGCAAACUGCAGCCACAUGAGUUCCAGGGAGGUACAUUCACAAUCUCUAAUUUGGGAAUGUUUGGCAUCAAGAACUUCUCAGCGAUUAUCAACCCUCCUCAGGCCUGUAUCCUCGCAGUUGGAGGCUCAGAGAAACGGCUGAUGCCCGCUGAUAAUGAGAAAGGGUUCGAUGUAGCCAGCAUGAUGUCGGUGACACUGAGCUGCGACCACCGGGUGGUGGAUGGGGCAGUCGGCGCGCAGUGGCUCGCAGAGUUCCGCAAGUUCCUGGAGAAACCCGUCACCAUGCUGUUGUGAUCGGUCUGUACUGCCAUUAAAACAGCAGCAACAGGCCGACGCCUCUCGCUGAAGUUAUCCGCUUGGUCUAAACCAGUGUGGAUCCUCCUGUGAUUGGCUGGCCUACCACCAGGUCACUCCCAGUUACCCUGCAGGGGAAGAGGCAGAACUCACUCCGCUUACCUGUCUGUCUCGCUGUCUCUCCUGUCUGUCUUUCUCUCCUCUUGCUGUCUCACUCAUAUUCUAUUUAUUGACGCCCCAUCUCAUGAGAGAUCAGAAUUAGGUAUAAUUUAUCCUAGAAUAGAGGAUGGCCAUAUGUCACUAAAACAUUGAUAAUGUUUUAUAAAGGGAAGUGUUACAAGUCCAACCAGCGAGCACAUUUCCCUGAAACUUAUGUGUGUGUGUGUUUCUACACACUUAUCUGUGAUUUUGUGUGAAUGUGAUAAAGACGAUGGGAAGUGCAGUUAACUGUGGGUUCCAGUCUUUUGAGUAAACGAUUGUGGUUUUUGUCUGCAAGUUAAAAGAGGAUGGAGUUACAUGUAAGUCGGUUUGAAACGCACAGAGUCCAGAUCUACACACACAAACCUGUCCCCAUUCAGUGGUCACACUCACACACAAUUGAAAUAUUUAGUAUGUUUUUUGUGAGUUGAUGCUACAGUGUGUAUAUUGCUCACUGUGAACACAGUGCUGUGUGUAUAUAUAUAUAUAUAUAUAUGGUGAUGAGUUCAUUGGUUGAACUAACUAAGCUCUGAUGAAGCCUCACCAUAUAAUUAGUAUCUGUACAGACCUGAAUGAUAACUAACGCUCUUAAAGGUAAUACUGAAUGGUUUUGCCAAUUCCCUCUCUUCAGUGGGGAUGUUUUAUCUUUAGAAUAAAUCCUUUUCCUUCGAAAUAUUCUGUAUUUCACAGCUGAAACGCACAAAGCUGGUGCUGGAUAUUUGUAAUUUGAAUAAAUUGGGAGAUGUUAACCUUG